AUGGCUGACGAUAUGGAUUUAUUCGGAGGAGAACUCACCGCAGAAGAAAAGGCCGCAGAGGAACAACGCAAAGCUGAGAAGGCCAAGAAAGUCAAAGAAGAACCAAAGGGCAGAUCACAAAUCGUUUUCGAAGUCAAGCCAUGGGGUGAAGACACUGAUAUGGCCGCUAUGGAAGCUGCUAUCAGAGGCAUUCAAAAGGAAGGGCUCAUGUGGGGAGCUGCCAGACUUGAGCCAGUUGUCCACACCAUCAAAAUGUUGGUCAUCAUGAUGAACGUCGAUGAUGAAGUCAACACCCAGGAAGUCCAAGACGAAAUUGAAGAACUCGAGGACUAUGUUCAGUCCGUCGAUAUUAGAUCCUUCACUAAGCUUUAA